UCGAUGGUAAAGCAGUCAGAGUGCUCUAAGGUUCAACUUGUACGAUAGGGCACCAUACUGGACUGCAUUAUAACUAUAUCUAAAAACAAUUAAUUCAAGAAUACAAAUAUUUUUUAAAGUUAAAUUAAGCAUUAUUAUGAGAAUUUCCUUCGUGUUACACCUUUUCCAAUUGUCAGAUUGCAAGUUUUUAUAGCUAAACAGUUUUUGUUUUAAUGAAACAAAAUUUUUAAUGCUCAGUGCAAGGAUAUUAACUAUGAUAGUUAAUUUAUUAUUCACCAGCGUACCUCAAAUUUUCCUUUUCUAAAGUUGUGGAUUUUUUUUUAACCUUAUGGAUGUUUCUUGUGGAUUUUUUACUACAUCUUCGACUAUGCUUCUGCUAAUGGAUAUUGCAGUGGGCAACAAUCCAACUUGAGUAAAAGAGAAGGAAAACGCAUUAAAAUCGUCUUAUGUGGAUUAUAUUCUCCCAGUUUAGAAGAAAGUGUUUUAUUAUGUUUUCCUGCAAAAUAUGUGAUAGUGUGAUUUCUUUACGUUGUGCGACGAAAAAAACGGUUCAAGGCGGUAUCUCUUUUCCAUAAUUUUUGAAGAGGAAACAUAAUUCAGUGCAUUAGUUGUGCGUGCAUUCUGUAUGGUAUUUUGAAACCGCACCCGUGUGUUAAUUCAACGGGCCCCUGACUUCUUUUUAUUGCGAAAAGGGGCUCUGGAUGUAACUCGGUCUGGUGGAACCAGCGGCCACAUUUUCCGGCUGGUAAUUAUCCUCGGAACCGGAUUUCAUUUUUAACUGCGUCACUGAAUUUUUUGAUAGAGCUUGGACUAUGCGGAGUUGAUAUUGAAGCAGUAAUUUUGGGAAUGUGCACUCCUUGCUUGUGGUGGCGCGACAACGGAGGCCAAUGAAAGACAACUCGCUGGAUGGCCACCGUGGAAAGGUGGCUCUAUCCGACACCACGAGGAAUGCCACUCAGAUCAGCUCCUCUGGGAAUAACACGGUUGGCAGCAAUCUUAAGUGUGAACUGAAGAGUCCUCCAGCCACAACGGGUACACCAUCUACAGUUUCAGCUACCGACGGCAACACAGCUACUAAUUUUGAUGACGAUUACAAUGAGUGGGAUGUGGGUAUUGGAGAUUUGAUUAUUGAUUUAGACGCUGAUAUUGAAAAGACAAACGAGCGAAACGGUGGUGGUAACACUCAACAGGGUAUUCCUUCUCAGCACGGGCAUCAUCAUCAUCACCACCAUCAUCAUCAUCACCAUCAUCAUAGUCAUCAUAACCACCACCAAAACGGCUCUGCCUCCAGUCCUGGAAGCAGUUCAUCUACAGGUAAUUCAAGUGUUAUUGACUCUCCAAACUCUUCCAGUUCUGCAACUGCUUUUAACUUUUUGGGAGGCCAGACUUCCUGCAAUAAUAACUUGGCGACAGCCAUGUCAAAUUCUAAAUCUCCUCGCAUAGCAUCAAACAGUGGUGCUGGGAGCAACAACGCUGGAACUGCAGCUGGUACUGGAGUUAUAUCAACUUCUGGCGGAAGUAAUAACGGUGCUAAUUCAGGUGGAUCUGGAACAUUUGAGCAUCAAGCUACUGUUGACAAAGGUUUGAAAAUGAAAAUUAAACGCAAAACUGUUGGGAGCAAAUAUUCUGAGGCAAAGCAUGAAAUUGUACAGUCAGAUACCAAAUCGUCUAAUGCACCGUCUCACCCGCUCUCAGAAAAUGUAAAUGCUGUGAAUAAUAACUGCCCUGGCUCUGCUUCUGCAUCCAGUUCUCCUGCAACAACUUCGGACACUCCAAAAUCAAAGCAUUCUUCGAGUAAAGGUCGAAAUGGUAGCCAUCGUGAGAAAAAGGAAAAGAAUCGAGACAAGGACAAAAGUUCCAAUUCUCGGAACAGCUCUUCGGUAGCACCUACCACUGCAGAAGUGAAUGGUGUUUUAGGUGUAAUGUCUCCUUUGAAAAUUGCAAAUAGUGAAACAGGCACAUCAAGCCCGGCUCCACCGUCCUUGUGCUCUAAUUCUUCACCUCUGCCACCAAGCAACAGUUCUGCUCCUUCACCUACUGUGUCACGAAGUGUAACAGGAACAAGUGUUGCCAACUCUCCUGUUAGUAACUGUACAAUGGAAGUAUCACAACCUUCAUUGAUAAGCCUACCAAUUCAAACUGUAAGUACAUCAUCAAGUUCUCCUCCUAUGCCUAACUUGACUUUAAAAUUGGAGAAUAAAUUUACAACUAGUCCUAUUUCACAGUCCUGUUCAGUUCCAUCUGUUGUGAUUAAACAAGAAGAUAAACCAGGAUCACCUCCUAUGAAGAAAAUUAAACUUGAAGCACCAGAACAUUCGGAAGAUGUUGAAUGUCCAUGUACACCCGAUUCUCCUGAAAUGAAGGAUACUAGUACCUGUACCACAUGUACGUCUGUAGGUACUAUAACAGAACCAGAUUGCUUGGGUCCUUGUGAACCUGGAACUAGUGUAACAUUAGAGGGGAUUGUUUGGCAAGAAACAGAAGGAGGUGUUCUUGUGGUAAAUGUAACUUGGAGAGGAAAAACUUAUGUGGGUACUUUAUUAGACUGUACAAAACAUGACUGGGCACCUCCAAGAUUCUGUGAGUCACCAACGAGUGAUGUGGACUCCAAAACUGCUAAAGGUCGUGGAAAGCGAGGUAGAGGUGGCAAUAACAGUUCCAGUGAAAUAAACUUUGCAGAUACUCGGAAUUGUGUUCAGAGUAAGCUCCGCAAUGGAAAGGGCAGACGGACUACUAUAAAUAGUAAUGCCUCUAAUUCGGGGUUUACAGUUCCCAAUAGUCCAGCUAAGAGUGAUAGUGGUGGAUCUAGUGGUAAGAGGAAAGGUCGUCCCACCGAACCUGAAACAAGCUCUACCUCUGAUAGUAAGAAUUCCAAGAGAAGUCGAAAUCAGAAUCGUUCAGUACCUACACCUGCAGCAUCUCCUGUUUCCACACCUGCACCUGCAGAAGCUUCCCAACCGUCCUCUCCUCAAUGGAUUACAUGUCCAGAACCUAACUGUAGUAAAAGGUACAAACAUAUCAAUGGACUUAAAUAUCACAAGGCUCAUGCUCAUAGUACAUCAGACAGCAGCAAAAUAGAUGACACUGCCACUGAGGAUAGCAAAGAUGUUACGAACAGUUCUGAUAAUGAAGAAAGUAUGCAAGAAAGUGCUAGUGUUUCAACAAGUCCUGCACCUUCAUUUGCAAACUCUGUACCAUCACAAGCAUCUGGUGAGAAAAAUCUACUUAAUGGUGAAACUGCAUCGUCUUCCUCUUCCAGUGCAGCUUGUCUUCCAGAAAAUGAUUCAUAUAACUUAACAACUGAUUUAUCAACGCUGGCUUCUGUGGCUAUCAGUGAUUCAACUUCAGGACAGAAAGUUAGUAACUCUAGACCUACACCCACAGUUGCAUUGCAUUCUAAUGUAUCUCAGGACAUGCCUCUAGUUAAUCCAGAUGGAGAAAAUAUAGUAUCUCCAUCUAUACUUCCUGCUUCUGUUGCAAAUUCUGCAUCUACACCAGUCCCUUUGGCUGAUUCAGUAUCUGGAUCACCUGGAGGGACAGGUUUGUCUGCGGCUGUAUCAGCUGUUACAACUUCUGUGAUUCAAUCUUCCAAUUCUGUAGAUAACAAUAUUUCUACUUCUCAAGGUGUAAAUAUGAACAUUCCAGCAUCUCAUGUCAUUUUCACCCAAGGCAUAUUGGGACCUAGCAGCACAACUACUUGUACUUAUACUUCUUCAUCAGUUGUAUGUAAUAAUUCUAAUUCCCUCUCACCUUCAGCAAAUAAUCUAUCUACAAAUGUUACUACAACUUUUGCUGCAAUAUCUUCUAUUGCAAGUACAACAAUUUCAAAUCCAUCGACUCCUCUUCCAAUUGUAGAUAAAAAUAAAAUCAAACAGGAAAGACCUGAUAAAUAUAAACCAAAAUCACCUCUGGGGACAUCAGCUAUUCGGCCUAUUGUACCUGCACCCACUCCAUUAAUUGCACUCUCCACAAAUAUACCUGGUUCUCAUCCGGGUAUGAACAUGGGUAGUCAUUGUGUUAGUCCAUCGCUUAAACCAAUACAACCUAAGCCUACAAUUCUUGGAGAGCCUAGUACUGUAAAUCCUUCUCUUGAAAGUUUAAAAAAGGAAAAAAGCAAGCAUAAAAAGAAAAGCAAAGAUAAGGAUAAAGAAAGAGACAAGAAAAUCCCUUCUUUGCCCCUUACACCUACCAAAUUAGGUUUAAAUUCUAAUGAGGAAUGUGAAGCUUUAGAAUUAACAUCAUAUCCCAGUUUAGAAGCUGUUUCUGGUCCUCUUACAGGUGCACCUCAUCCUACACUUUCACCUCUCAUUUCUCAGUCCAAACCCCCUGAAACUUCCAUGGACAUGAGCUUACCAGAUGACACAAUGAAUGAAAAUAUCCAAAGUCCUGCAUAUUCAGACAUAUCUGAUGCUAAUGAUACUGCUCCAGUUCUUGAAUCGGAGGUUCCAUCUGGUAAAGAAAAAGAAGAUAAGGUUGGUAAAACCACUCCAGAUGCAGCCCAGUCUCCAGCCACAAAUAUAAGUGCUUAUGGAAUGUAUCCAUAUUACAGUCAACCUCCUUAUCUGUUACCCUCUGUCUCUCCUCAAAGUGCUGUAUCUGGAUCACAAGGCCAAAAUGUUAUUGAAAAGAAUGACUUAAGUAAAAAAGACCCAGAGCGGGUGAAAGAAAAUAGGCCCUGGAGCAAUCCAAGUGGUGAUAUCAGGGAAAGACAACAUUUAGAACACCAUGAAUUGGAAAAGAAGCAAUCAAGAGAAGAAAGUGGAUCAAAUCCUAAUCCAUUAUCAUCUCCUGCUGGUGGUGGUGUUCCCGUUCAAGAGUAUCCACUGCCACAGCACUAUCCGUAUCCAUAUGGCUAUGUUCAAGGCUAUCCUUAUCCAGUUGAUUCUUCAUCGUAUCAUAUGCACAUGUUAGAGUCAGAUCCUCAUUACAAGCAACAGUACAAACAAUACCUUGAUGAACAUCAUCGAAUGUACAAAGAGCAGCAACAUCACCACCAGCAACAACAACAGCAGCAGCAGCAGAUGCAACAUAUACAGCAGGCUCAUCAACAGCAGGCACAUCAUGGCAGUCACCAUCAUUCUCAGCAUCAAAGUCAUCAUCAAAGCAAAUCUCAUCAUUCCAUAAUAAAAGAUGAAAGAGAUAGAAGCAGGGAAAGUAAAGAACGGAGUGCAAGUCUUGACAAAAUGUCAAAUAAUGGGCUAAUGAGUGAACAUUCUAGUAAAAUCCAACAUUCCUCAAAUUCUUUAAUGUCAAAUAAAGAUCAAGAUGUGCGGGAAAUUGAAAUGCGACCACCAUCUUUACCUGCCCAAAAUCGCAUUGAUCCAUCAACUCCAACAGCUUCAGCUGCUACUUUAAAAGAGAAACAAAACGAAAACCAUCAGAUACUCAAAGAAAACAUUGAAUUAAAAUCACAAAUGGAUGAUAGCAAAAAUAAGAUUAAUCAGUAUGAAAUGGCAAUGAUAUAUGAGAGGCAUAAGGAGGAUAUGAGACGUUUUUAUAUGUGUCAGGAAAGAGUCAUAGAACAACAACAGCAAAAAAUGGAGCCUGGUAUUCAUCACCAUACGCAUCAUCAUCAAACCAUCCAAUCUCACAGUCAUAUGCAAGCAUCUUACUCAUCUUCUUCACUAAAAACUAUGAAAGAUGAUCUCCCUGGCUCUGUGUCCAUGCAUUCUAAAUCAAAUCAUUAUGGUGAAGGUACACGACCUUCAGUUGUUUCUCCUGCUAAGUCUGAUCACAUGAAAAAUUUGCAUACAACAUCUAGUCCUAAAGGUAGUUCUAGAGAAAGGGACUCUUCACUAAGUAGUUCUAAAGAUUAUCUUAAUUCAAGCAGCAGGGAGAGCUCGUCAAGUAAGAAGGAUGGGAGUAAGAAUGCCGAAAGGUCAGAGAGUUCCAGUAGAGAUGAAAAGAAGGUGGAUAAAGUAAAAAUGGAACCAAAAGAACCAGAAGGUCAGAAACCAACAAUGGAAACUACUGGUCCUCCUCCACCACCUACUAAUUCUUAUGCUUAUCUUCAUCCAUCUUACUUACAGCCUCCACCACCUCAUUUCGCUCAUAUGCCUUUUGAACCAGCCCAUGCUGCUAUGUAUCGAGGUGGCAUUAACCCAAUGAUAGUAUCUACACCUCAUUAUGCAAAUUCUCCAUAUAUGCAUCCUCAAAUACGGUAUGUAACGCCUGGCGCAUGUGACAUACCUGUACAUCCACAGCCUCCAGAUCCUAUCAGCAGUAAAUUGCAUCCUUCUGGGCCUGCCAAAGCUUUAGAUUUAUUACAUCAAGUUUCCCAGCAAUAUACAACAACUCAUAAAAUUCAUGAACUAACAGAGCAUGCUGUUAUGUCACCCACACCUACAUCAACACCUUCAUCAAUUCCUUCUACAUCAUCUAAUGCCAGCAGUGGCAAGGCGUCUACUGAACCAGUUGUUACAGUGUCAAAAGUAGAAGUUGGUGGAUCACGUGAUGCAUCUCGAUCACCACCAACACAACGCCAUCUGCACACACAUCAUCAUACUCAUGUUGGAGUUGGAUAUCCUAUUUAUGACCCCUAUGGUGCCAUCAUUGCUCCUGCACCACCUGCGGCGGCCGUGGAUUGUAAACCAAUACAUCCCCUGCAAGUAAAACCGUCUUCUCCUGCAGCAGCAGCACCUGGCGCAAGAUUCUGGCAGUGAGUCUUUCUCUCUUUAUAACGAAACUUCAGCUGCUGCUGCUUCAACGAAACGAUUCGAGUCAAUGCUUCGAUACAGUACAAAAAUCUCUUCCAUUUUGAACUAUUAUGCUUCACGCUACUUGAUAGUGGCUGGUUCCACAUAUAUCUUCUAAACUAUGCAAUAUUUCGGAGGAACUUUCAGGUCGACUUUUUGAAUCUUGCAAUGAGCUAUGCAACCACAGACACUGUUUGUUCUCUUUGUAAAUCAAUUGUCUACUGUGUUAUGUCAUAUGUUGGAAGCUACGUGUGUGUGCUUUGGUGAUUCUAAGAAAUGAUCUCAUUUAUUAAAGUUGUUGAUUAAAUAUACAUUUUAAACACUUGUAUGAUAACUGUUUAUCUGCAGAAAUUCAUUGGAUUACAUCAUGGCUUGAAAAUUUGCUCACAGUGAGACAUUUUUGUUUAUUUUUGUGGUUUACGUGAUGUAUCAAUUAAUGAUAAUCUUUUAUUAGAAUAGUUUUGCUUAUAAUUUGAUUAUUUAGAUUUAUUAGAUAAAUCUUAAAAUAAUUUUUCACUCACGAUCUUUUUAUUACAAUUAUUAUUUUGAAAUACUUCAUGACUUAAGGUAUAUACUUCAUGAUAACAUUUCUUAUUAUUAGAAAUGUAUAUAUAAAUAGGAAAAUUAAAUAUACGAAUUAAUUAAUAGUUGGUAAGAAUAAUUAAAAAGUACUUAGUGACUUUUCAUAAAUAAUUUAAAUAAGAGGCUGUAAGAAAUGCACAAACUCUUCUUCAAGAAUAGUUAUAAACCGUUACGAGAAAAUCUGAGCUGAAAAAAAUGUUGUAGUGAGCAUGUACUAAACCUGUACUACAUCUGUACUAAAACUUUAUUAGUGUUUAAGUAAACUGACCGUGUGCCUUUUUUUUUUCCUGUGAACGUUUAAUGAGAACAUUGUACUUGUAAUUUUUUAAAUAACGCUAAUUAAUUUCCUAAAAUGAUUUUAAUUAAUUUUUUUCACGAUUUCAAAAUUUGAAGAUAAAAUUACCUUGGAUUUUAGUUUGUUUGGUUAUGUUAACAUACAUUCCUUUUUAAAAGCAACACUUUGAGAGGGACCUUGUAAUUUUGAACCGCGAUCAGAUGAUGAGGACGACACCUGAGCUAGCAACCCCCCUCUCCACAGUCGCAUUAAUGUAUUCUCACACAAUCGAAGAUACGUAGGAUGUCAUAGUUAGUCAGUGGGUGCAUUUGAUCCAAAAUUUAAUACAGAUCUGUAUAUAAUUCUGAUGGUGAUGUCGUGUCCGCGUUACAACGGAAAGAGGGAUGCAGUAGCAUCUGAGGGGAAAGGCCCCUGAACACCAGAGGGCAGAGGUUUCAUAUAAAGAUGCCAUUCACACACUCGCUUGCACAACCCCUUUUUACAGGGGGGCUCUUUCACACACCUCUCAGAUAGAACACAGGGUAAAGAACAACCAUGCCCGAACCAAGACUCGAACCCGGGACGCCCAGAAGGGGAAGACGCGCUACCCCUAGGGCAAGACGCCGGCUAUAAUUCUGAUGAUAAAACUUUAAACCAAAUCUCAUCCUUUAACUUGUUGUUUUUCGAGUUAUCUCGUUCAACGGCACCCGCAUUAAAAAUUCGUAAGAUUUCGUUUUGUCGGAUUUGGUUCAACAUUUACUAGAAAUUUGCAGUUUUGGUUGAAUGGCCUUAUAUUAAAUUUCAUCUCGCUAGACUUUUGAGUUUUCGUGCUUACUGGAAAACAUAAUUCGAAAAGUUCUUUUCUUGGAUUCAAGGAGAUCAAAACGAUAGAAAACGUCAAAAUAUCUGAGUUGUUUGACGAUUUUAGUCUUUCUGUACUCAGGGCCGGCCAUCUGAGGGGUGCGCUGAUGCUAUGCACCGGGGCCCCGCGAUUGAGGGGCUCCAACAUGAUCAAGAACUAAAUAAUGUUCUGAACGGUAAUAGCCGGAUGAAACGAAGAGAGCACGAAAUUUAAUUGGGAAAAUCGAUGGUUUCUGAAAUAUACGAAGUUUACAGAUAUAUUACUGUUUAGUGCAAAUGUGCAACAUAUUAUAAGCAUAAAGUAGGGUCAUUUACCUCACCUACUAAAUUAAAUUGCUUAUGUUACUUUGAUAAUUCAUACUUUAAAAUGUUUAAUGUUAUUAGAUCUGAUCAGAUUCAUGCCAAGGAAGUAUCUCUCUAGGUGUCAAGACUCGGUUUCAUAAAAGAAAAUUAGCAGAAAAGAAAAAAAGAAGAAAAGCUAUAUUUCAAUAAGUUAUGAGUAGAUCUGUUUUCUUGUCAACGAAGUAAUCUUGUGAGUUAAGUGUCAACGAAGUCUCGCAGUGAAAUUGAUUCGACUUCAGAAAUUACAAUCCAUGCUUCACCUGAUACAGUGCCCGAAAAAAUUAUAAGGACACGCGAAAAAUUGCCAAAUCUAGAAGCUUCUUGUUUACAGAAUUUUUGCAGAAAAAAUAGAAGUAAAACUAAAAUAUUUUAUGCGUAAAGUAAUUAAAAUUUUCAAUUUUAAAUCUGCUAAAAUUUAAAUUUUGAUUUUUAAACCUAAAUGAAAACGGAAAAAAGUAUAAGGACAUUGCUUUUUCUCCAGUAAUUAUUUCAAAAUUUGCAUAUUUGAAAGCAUAAAAUGACAAUUCCGAGUUAAAAGAUUCAUUUGCGAAAAGAAUUUCCCACUCGACGGCUUUCAGUGUGAAUUUUUAAACGAUGCCCAAAGGAACUCAACUUUCUGACUCUGAAAAAGGAAAAAUUGUUGCUUUUCGAGAAUGUGGAUUAAAUGGAUAGGAAAUUUCAAAAAGAAUCAAGAGAUCUAAAAUGGCGGUUUAUAAUUUUCUAAAAAAUCCUGGGAUGUAUGGUAUGAAAAAGCGAACUGGGAGACCAGAAAUUCUCACUCGUCGACAAAAAAGAAUGAUUGUAAGGAGAGCUUGCGAGAAAAUAGAAACCGCAGAUGAAGUUAGACAAAAUUUGAGUUUACCAUGCUCAACAAGGACUGUUCAAAAUGUUUUGAGUAAAUAUCCUCAAGUUUCUUACGGGAAAUUAGUGUCACGCCCCCUUCUUACAAAUCAUCAUAAGAAAAGAAGAGUUUCUUUGCCAAAAAAUACAUUUCUCUUGGUCAAAAGUGGGCUGAUGUAAUUUUUUCGGGCAAAAAAAAAAAGUUCAUUCUUGAUGGAACUGAUGGUUUUCGUUAUUUUUGGUAUGAUCUGCGAAAUACCAAGGAAGUGUUUUCCAGGCGUCAAUAUGGUAUUGGCUCGGUUAUGGUAUGGGGCGCUUUUACGGCAAAUGGAACCACUCCAAUUGUAUUUAUCAACCGUAAAAUGAAUUCGGACAGGUAUGUUGAUAUGUUAGGAGAAAGUUUGUUACCUGAAGCGCCACUAAUUACUUCAGGGGACUAUAUUUUUCAGCAGGAUAAUGCUUCGAUACACGUUUCUACGAGUGCAAAACUCUGGUUUGAAGCUAAUUCUGUAAAUUUACUUGAUUGGCCGGCGAGAAGUCUUGAUCUUAAUCCAAUCAAAAACUUAUGGGGACUUCUAGCCCGAGAAGUUUAUAAAAACGGCACACAGUAUCAAUGUACACAAGAUCUUGCUGUCGCUAUCAAAGACGCUUGGGAAAAAAUAUGGAUAUAAUACCAUAAGGAUAUGAAUAUAAAAAAUAAGGAUAUAUGACCUCUCGGCUUAUUCAAGUGAUUGAAAAAAAAGUAGUUUUCUUCAUUAUUAAAACAUUUUUUAAGUAUUUUAUAACAUGUCCUUAUAAUUUUUUCCGUAUUUCAUUUAAUGUUAAAUUUUUUAAAAUCAAUAUUUUGAAGCUAAAUUAUGUUUUUUAUGUUAUACAAGUGUUAUCACAAAAUUAUGCUGCAGAAGUAAGAAAUAUAAAAAGUUCAUUUAGGUGAAAUGGAAAUAAAGCAUAUUUUCACGCAAUUAAUUACACGUUGUCCUUAUACUUUUUUCGCGCACUGUAAAGAAAGUUCCGCAAUGAAAGUGUGGAAACUGUGAAAAUCUUUGAAGAACCAUAUUUUUAUACAAAUAUGAUUGAAUCAGAAAGUAAUGACAAUGACAAUAACAAAUGCGAUCAAGUACAUAUAGGUGAUUCAGGUUUAUGAACAAGCAUUAUGAAUAAGUUUAAAAUGUUUUAUGUUAAAAACGGACCUGUCAACACAAAGGAGUUUUUUCUAAGAACGCUGAAGGUAGAUCAUUUUAAACUACGUGAUUUAUAGGUGUUUAUAAUCACUGGAGAAAGUUAUCAACUGUUAUUCAAGAUCAUGAGUGUUCUAUCUGUCACUUAAUUCAUUAAUUUCUUGGAAAGAGUUUCUGAAGCGACUCAAUUUAUGUUCGACUAUUGAUAAAACAAAUAAAGUUAAUAUAAAUAAGGAAAUGGAAUGACUCAAAUGACUAUUUCAAAGAAUUGCAGAUGUGAUUCUAUUUUUAGCAUGUAAUAAUCUUCCACUUAGAGGAAACAUGAAUGCCUAUUAACGAAUUUUUUUUAAGUUUAUCGAAUUAUUAAGUAAAUACGAGAACAAAUUAUUCCUGCAUUAGGAAAUGAAGUUCUUAACAAAAUUAACGACGAUACAAAAGUAGCCACCUAUUACAGUAUCCAAAUGAAUUCUAUUUCUGAUAUUUCUCAUAUAAAACUAAUUUCAGUCUUUAUUAGGCAUGUAAAGUUUGAAGAGAAAAGAUUUAAGUAUAGAUGAGUCAUUUACAGGGUUUAUUGAUGUAACUGGAGAAGGACUAGCAAAAGCUCUAUUGGAAAUAUUAAAUGAGCUAGAUUUAGAUAUUAUGGAUUGUAGUGGACAAGCAUACAACAACGAUCACAACAUGAAAGGGAAAUAUAAAGGAGUACAAUCUACAAUAAUUGCUCCAAACCCUCAUGCAAUUUAUGUGCCUAACCUACGACAUUCCUUUAAGUUAUUAAUUUAUAAUGCCGCUUCCAGCAGUAUUUUUUUUUUUUUUUUUGAUAUUGCAACGUUUAUAUUGCUUAUUUUCUGCAUCUACAGAAAGAUGGGAAAUUCUACAAAAGCAUUUAAACAUUACUCUUAAACUAUUUUGCGACCAAAACUCAUUGGGAAGUCAAAAUAGAUACGAUUUAAGCAGUGUAUAUACAGUUCGAACAAACUUGUAGUGCCUUAGAAGAAUUUAUUGAUGCAAAUAAUAACAUAGCGGUAUUCGAAGCUAAACGUCUAUUGGAUUUAAUGCAAGAAAUGGCAUUUAUUUUAUGUUUAAUAGUAUUGUUUACAAUAUUGUCCAAUGAACUAUUUCAAGUAAAAAUCAUAGUUCUCGACUGCGCUUUUAAUUAAAUCAAUAAGUUUAAAACUGAAAUCCAAAAUUUAAGAACAAAAUUUAACUCAUUUAGGAAGCAAAAGCGAUGGCACGUCAUUUGAAUCUUUCAGAACAUUUUCCUGAAAAACGAAUUCGAAAAAAAGAAAAAAAAUUAUAUUUCUAAACAGCGGAAUAUGAAAUUAUAAAAAAGCCAGUUCAGGAAUUUAGAUGUUAUUUUUUAACUCUGUAACUGAUACUGUUAUUGUACAGAUAAAAGAUAAAUUUAAAAGUAUUUCAAAUGAGUCACUGAUAUAAAAACUUUAGAAAGAGAUGAAUUAGAAAAUGUUCCCAAAAAUUUGUAACGUUUUAUAAUAACGAUGUAGAUGAAAACCUAAACAAACAAAUAAACUACGGGUUUAAAUUUGAAUAAUGCUCUACACAUAUUGCAAUAUAUAUUAAUUAAUAGUUAUAAUGAUUUAUUUCUAAAUGUAUUAACUGUGUUAAAACUUUCCUUUACAUUGCCAGUCACUAUAAUAAAUGCUGAGCACUCUUUCAGCAAAUUAAAAUUAAUAAAGAAUUGUCUUCGGUCAAGCAAGUGUGCAUAACGCUUAAAUGUACUUGCUAUACUAAGCAUCGAUAAAGAAAUUGCAAAAAAUUGAAGUAAUUAAUUGCAUCACGCAUUAAAUAAACAUGCAGUAAUGAUUUGUGUUGGUACUUGUAUAUUUUUCGACUUUGCAAAAAAUGUAUGGUUUCUUGCACCCGGGCCCCUUCAUAGAGAAGACCGGCUCUGUGUGUACUUCAUUUACAGGGAAGUACAAAAACAACACCAAGAGCAAUAAUCGUUUUGUUUUCACUUUAUCAACGAAAAUUUUAUUUCAAAAUGCUUAAUGUGUAAUUGGAAGAAAAAAGGGGAAAAUUUUUUUUUAAAAAAAAAAGCACAUUUUCAAGCCAUGUAAUAUCCUGUUUUGUGCCACGAGAUUUUCCAAUUAGUCCUUAUAGUCUGCAGAAAAUUAUUGCCAAGAAUCUUAUUGUUUUCGUUGAUCUAUGAAUUUUAGUCAUUUAAAACAAUUUAGAAUUUCGACGUCGAAAAAAAAAAAAGCUAAACAUUGAAAAUGAUCGACUCCGAAAUUCUGGAUGAAACCAUUGUUGUAAGUGUAUGAAAUGUACAUAAAUUUGCUUGUAAAAAUGGAACCUUAUCUGUAACUUUAUAAUUGAGAGAAACAUAUGGUAUUAUAAUAUAUGUACAGUAUGUUGUAUAUACAAUGUGCUUACUCUCGGUGUAAAAUUUGUUAUUAUUUAGUUGUUUUGUUUUACUAAACUUGAGGGAACUCAUUUGGAU